UUUCUUCCACUCUAAUCAAACAUGCAAGGCUUCUUCACUUAUAUUUUGAUUUUUAGUUUUGUUUCACCUUGUCAAUGUAUAAGGUUGAAUUUUGGAACUGAAAAUGCAUUUUAUAAUGUGAUUUUAUUUGGUGCUCGUGGAGAUGGCAGAUCUGACGAUUCACAAGCAUUUGCCAAUGCAUGGCAUAGUGGCUGUAAAGCAGGUGGAAUGUCAACACUAGUUAUACCAGCGGGACGAUUAUUUAUGGUCACCAAAAUUAACUUUACUGGUCCUUGUAAAGCCAAAAUGAAUAUUCAGCUUCAAGGGCAAAUAGUUGCACCUCCCAAAGUAGCAUGGAAAGCUGGGAACUAUUGGAUUAGCGUUGAAUAUGUAAACGGACUCACAAUUGAUGGCAAUGGUAAAGGAGGAUUCGAUGGAGAUGGUUCUACUUGGUGGGAAUGUAGAAAUUGCUAUCGACCUAGGGUAUAUGAUGAUUAUAUGUUAUUUUUCCAUGCAUGCAAUGGUCUUACAGUUCGUAACUUAAGAAUCUCUAAUAGUCCAGCAUCUCAUGUCGCCAUAAAUAUGUGCAAUGGUGCAACAUUAUCUCAUAUAUUCAUUCAUUCUCCUUCUAAUAGCCCCAAUACUGAUGGCUUUGACAUCUCUUAUUCUAGCAAUAUCUUGAUACAAGAUUCCAAUAUAAAAUCUGGUGAUGAUUGUAUUGCCGUCAAUGGUGGUUCUAUUUUUAUCAAUGCUACUAGAGUUAUAUGUGGACCAGGCCAUGGGAUAAGUGUUGGUAGCCUUGGUAGAAAUGGAGUUCGUGAGACAGUUUCAAAUGUACACGUACUAAAUUGCACUUUUAUUAGGACUUCAAAUGGAGCACGAAUCAAGACAAUUCCGGGAGGAUCCGGCUAUGCAAAACAGAUUACAUUUGAUCAAAUAAUCCUUGAAAAUGUUAUGAACCCGAUAAUUAUAGAUCAAGAGUACAGUCUUACUCGGGCUACAAAUGUGCAAGUGAGCUUUGUGACAUAUAGAGGAUUUAGAGGAACUUCUGCUAGUGAUGUCGCUAUCAACUUAGUUUGUGGGCCCUCGACAGGUUGUUUCAACAUUGUAUUUGAUCAAAAUAAUAUUGUAUCUGCUAAACCAAGAGGGAAAACUUCAUCUACCUGUAGGAAUGCCCAUGGAACAGCUAGAAAUACUAUUCCAUAUGUCCCUUGCCUACUGAAAUAA